AUGGCUACCCAGACAACUACCGUCGCUAAAUCAGCCUCGGAGGCCUCGGCUGCCCAGGCCCGCCCUUCGUUGACCCUCAACUCCCAGAACAAACACGGUGACUGGCGGGACGACUUCUUCAAGAAUGGUUACCACAUUUUCAAGGGUGCCAUUCCCAAGGAAAAGGCAGUUAAUUACUACCAAAAGAAGACCCUCGACUGGCUGCAGUCAUUCGACAAUGGUUUCGACAUCAACAACAAGGAAACUUGGACCAAGGAGCACCUUCCUCAAAACUUCAAAAACAUGUACCUGCACUAUUGUUCCGCUCACGAGAAGUUCAUGUGGGAUGCCCGCACCGAACCCGGUGUGAUCAAGCCCUUUUCCGAACUGUGGGGUACCGACGAGCUCAUCGUCUCCUUCGAUGCUUUCAACGUCACGCUCCCGGGCCGCAAAGACGACGACUUCAACCCGUGGCCUCACACCGAUCAGGCCCCUGAGCGCAAGGGUCUCUCAUGCGUGCAAGGCAUCCUAAACCUGAGUCCCGCUGGCCCCAAGGACGGUGGCCUCCUGCUCACGGUGGGCUCCUCUGCUCUGUUCGAGGAGUACUUCGAGACCCACGAGAAGCGCCCGCGCCUCAGCCCCGACGUCAAACACUACGAUCUAUACCUCUUCCAGCCCGAGGAUCUAGACUGGUUCAAAAGCAAGGGCUGCAAGGAGAUCAAAGUGGAGGCCGAGCCCGGCGAUCUGAUCCUCUGGGAUUCGCGUACUAUCCACCACGUCGCAAAGGUUGAGACAGAGCAGAUCAGAAGCGUCAUCUACGUCUGCAUGACGCCACGGGACCUAGCUUCCUCUGAAGACUUAGCUGAGAAGAAAGAUAUCUUCGAGAAGUAUGAGGCGACCACCCACUGGCCUCACUGCAACAUCUGGCGGCAGGGCAAGGCGCAGAAGGACGGUAGGCAGGAUCCGCUGGAAAGGGAUGAACCUUUGGAGAAGGUGGAGGUGACGGAUCAGAUUCUCCGACUUGCUGGUAUCAAGCCUUAUGGCGAAGCAUGA